GAAAUGGACAUUGUACCCGGUUUUUGUUAGAGAGAGUUCAAAGUGCCUCGCUGUCUAGCAUGUGAUGAAGUUUGUGGCUUUCCCUUCUCUCUCUUACAUGCACCCACCCAACUGGCUGCUUUGAUACAUUCACAGUGACCUGAACAGGGGAAGAGUCAGGACAAAACUAGUCUAGGAUUUCCCUCUGAUUCGCUUUGGUUUUUUCCACCCUAUUUCCGCUCUUCGUUUCCUUCUCACUUUACUUGGUGAAGACCAAGAACAGAGAGAUACAUAUACCAUGCAUUCCCUCAAGGUCCUCAUAGAGUGAGAGGAAGCGUGAGGGGAUUCUCAUCUAGUCAUCUCUCUUUCUACUUACAGAAGAAAACCCUUCUGCGAUUUCCUUUGAGCGAACUAGUGGAAAAUGAAUGCUCUAGAUUCUGAAUGCAGAAGUGGGUGUGACUCUGGUUGGACGUUGUACUUUGAACAUUCUUUUUUUACUCCAAAUGUUUCACGUAGAGAUGCUGCGCUCCUUAAUGGAAACAGUGGUUCCUGUGAUGAAUAUAAAGAUCAUAAAAGAGCUAAAGAAGAGUCUGACGAAGAAGAGCAGGAAGAAGAGGACUUGUCUAUGGUUUCUGAUGCAUCUUCUGGGCCUCCACAUCUCCCUCAUGAAGACGAAGGUUACUUCAAUGAUGAUAACGGAUGCUCUUACCCUGCGUCCACGGCCGCCACAUUGGCGAAGAACGGCAGAAAAAGACAGAAAAUAAAACAGCACCGAGACCGUGAGGAUCAAGAACCAACAGAUUUUCUCGAUGACACUGCUAGCUCUCCUGUUAUGAAUUUCUCUUGGAACAAUUUCACUCUUACCAAUAAUCAACCUUCAAUGGAGAGCGUCUUGGAUUUUUCACAAGGUCUCUCAGAAACUUAUUUCGAGCGUACAUCAACAUUCCAAGACCACUUUGGUUUCUCAGAGUCCUCUCUAUCUGCAAACCAACUUCAGAACAACCAGUGGUUUGAAGGGAAGAGGUUAGGGUUGAGCUGAGGUGAUUUCCCUGCUUCUGCCGCUGUAGAAGUUGCUCUGAAUGAAAUGAUGGGAUGGUUCUCAAAGUAAAAGUAACUAGAGCUAAAGAAGGAUCUUGUUCUUUGCCUUCUAUUUUCUGUUUCGCUGCUUUUACCUGUCAAUACAGUGGAAACGACUUGAGAGGACUGGGGGAAAUAAAUUUCUUGUUUACUAAAUAUUAACUUCCUUGUCAAUGAAUAGCGGGUACAGAUCA